AUGGCACCACCAAAUAAGAAACCUUCUCCUACACCUACUACUAGUAAUACACCUCAACAACAACAAAAUGGAAAGAAGAAAUUCACACCAAAUCUAAUAGUUAAGAAACAAGCACAACAACAACAACCAAAGAUUAAUAAUAACAAAGAUGCAGCAUCAACAACAUCAACAACUUCAACAACAACAAAAUAUAAACCAGUUAGUCAAGAAAUACUUGAACAAAAGAUACAUUUACCAGUAUAUAGUGCACGUGAAGCAUUGAUAGAGAAUAUUAAAAACCAUCCUUCAGUUAUUAUCAUCUCUGAAACUGGUACUGGCAAAACUACACAGAUACCACAAUACCUAAGAGAGAGUGGAUUCACAAAAGAUGGAAUAGUAGCAAUUACUCAACCAAGAAGAGUUGCUGCCAUAUCGAUUGCAAAGAGAGUUUCAGAGGAAAUUGGUUGCGAGUUGGGAACCGAAGUUGGUUAUUGUGUUAGAUUUGAUGACAAGACAUCACCUGAAACACGUCUAAAGUACAUGACCGAUGGUAUGUUGGUGCGUGAGGCAAUGAUUGACCCCAAACUAUCAAAAUACAGUGCAAUCAUAUUGGAUGAAGCUCAUGAACGUACUCUCAACACUGAUAUAUUAUUCGCACUCUUAAAAUCAAUUCAAAGUCAACGUUCUUCUCUAAAGAUUAUUGUAAUGUCUGCUACUCUUGAUGCUGAAUUAUUUAGUAAUUAUUUUAACAAAGCACCAAUAUUAUAUAUUGAAGGUAGACAAUUCCCUGUUAGAGUUUAUUAUACAGAAGAGACACAAAAGGAUUAUGUUGAUGCUGCAUUGGUGACGGUAUUACAAAUACACGUAAAUGAAAAGAACGAUGAUCAGGAUGGAAAUGGAGGUGAUAUAUUGGUGUUUCUGACGGGUCGUGAAGAGAUUGAAGCAUUGGAGAGAUUGAUGGUUGAGAGAAUCCCAAGAUUGCCACCUGAUUCAAGACAGCUUAUCGUGUGUCCAAUCUAUUCAGCGUUGCCACAGGAACAACAAAUGAAGGUGUUUGAACGUACACCAGCAGGUUCUAGAAAGGUGGUCAUUGCCACUAAUAUUGCUGAAACCUCGCUUACCAUUAAUGGUAUUCGGUAUGUUGUAGACACCGGUGUUGCAAAGACACGUAUUUACAAUUCAAAGAUUGGUUUGGAUACAUUGACAGUACGACCCAUCUCACAGGCAUCGGCCAAACAACGUAGUGGUCGUGCUGGUCGUGAGUUUGCUGGCAAAUGCUAUCGUCUCUACACAGAAGAUCUCUAUGAACAAUUGGAUAUGAGUUCGAUUGCAGAGAUUCGUAGAUCAAGUAUUGCAAUGUUGAUUCUACAACUAAAAACAAUUGGAAUCGAUGAUGUAUUGUCAUUUGAUUUCCUCGAGCGUCCCCCUCUCGAAACCGUUCAACAAUCACUCGAACUAUUGUAUUGUCUCGAUGCUCUAGAUUCAGAUGGUAAUCUUUCACCUCUUGGUAAGAAAAUGUCUUCAUUUCCUCUUGAACCAAUGUAUAGUAAAACUUUAAUAAUGUCCGAGAAAUUUGAAUGUAUGGAAGAAGUAUUAAUUAUAAUUAGUAUGUUAUCAGUUGAAUCUAUAUUCUUUUCACCAAAAGAGAAACAAAAAGAGUUGGAGAUUGUCAAACGACUGUUCUUUUCACCCGAGGGUGACCAUUUGACACUGUUGAACGUGUUUAGAGAGUACCAAAAGGUCAAUGGUAACCAGCAGUGGUGUUACGACCACUUUAUCAAUGCCAAAUCGAUGGUCAAGGUGGUCAGCGUGUUUGAGCAGUUGCUCGAGUACUGCACCAACUCUAGAAUGAAAAUAAGCUCGUGUGGUGAAGAGACAGAGCGUAUCCGUAGAUGUUUUAUCACUGGAUUCUUCCUCAACAUCGCAUCGUUGCAACCAGACGGCAAAUACAAGACCAUGGCAGACCACAGAGAAAUCUUUGUUCAUCCAACCUCUUUUAUGUUUGGUAUGACACCAAGUCACAUCCUCUACAACGAACUAUCCAUCACAUCCAAACCAUUCAUCAGAAACAUCACAGUCAUCGAACCAACUUGGCUUCCCGAAUUAGUUCCAAAAUAUUAUGCAAACAAAGAAAAUCAAGAAGAAAAUGAAGUAGUAAAAGAAGAGAUUAAUAAUAAUAAUACAAACAAUGAUGAUAUAAAAUUAACAGUUAAUAAGAAUAAGAAAUCACAAUUAUUACAACAACCAAAUAAUAUUAAUAAUAGGAACACUAAUACUACUGCGCCAACACCAAAUAAUAAUAAUAAUAAUAAUAAAAAGAAUAUUAGAAGAAUCGUUGUAGCGAUAAUAAUGGUAUUUGAAGGAGUAAUAGCAGAAGUAAUCGAUAGAUUCUUGGGGAGUUUUCUUCAAGAGGUCACAAAGAAACAAUUAAAGAUUGGGUUGUUUGGCGGCAAUGUAGUUUUAAAGAACAUAGAGGUCAAGCCGGAAGCGUUCCGCGCUUUUGAUCUACCCAUACAGGUCAAUAGAGGUGUUGUAGGACGGCUCAUUGUCAAAGUGCCGUGGACAUCGUUAAAGUCAGAAUCGGUCGUCAUCCAACUCGAGGACAUCUAUAUAUUCGCAUCGGCUGCUCAACAAUCCUCUGCAUUCUCUUCAUCUUCUUCUUCAUCUUUUUCAACAACUUCUAAUAUUUCUAAAAUUGGACAAAAAGAAAAAGAAAAGGAAAAAGAAAAGGAUAGUAGUAUUGAUAGUAGUGCAUCUAGUAUAGAUGAUGCACAAUUACAAGAUGGAACAAAUGGUAUUGUCGAUCCAAACGCACCACCAACAAAAAAGAAAAAAGAUUCAUUUAAAGAGAAAUUGAUUUCAAAGAUUAUAAACAACUUGCAAAUUGUUGUUGAAAAGUUACAUAUUCGAUAUGAACAUCCAAUUAGUGAUAAUCAAUUGGUUGCAGUUGGUGUAUGUCUUGACAAGAUAUUUGUACAAUCUGCAGAUGAUAAAUGGGUACCUACUUUUAUUGCAGACGGCAGUAAUGACCAAUCAUCUGCUACUGCCAACGCUGCCGCUGCUGCCGCCGCCGCUGCACAAUCUACCCCAUCAACAAGUACAUCAAUGAACAAAUUAGCAGAGGUAUCCAAUAUAUCAAUCUAUGUAGAUCAUCUACAACCUUUGCAAUCACUAUCGAAAUUGGCAACCAAGGAACUAUCAAGUCAUCUUCGAGAGAGUAUUCCAAGUGCCAAAGACAAUAAAGGUCACCACAUGUUACUCGAUCCACUAUGUGCCAGUCUCAAACUACAACUUCAUCAAUCGUCCAACGCAUCCAUUCUCCAAAACAAUAUUACAAAGAUUGAUAUAGUCACUGUCAUUGAAGAAAUUGGUCUAUCUCUUGAACCAAAACAAUAUUCAUCACUAUUAUCAUUAUUAGAAUCUCUUAGUGAAUUUGUAAAUGAAUUUAAAGAAGAACAAAAUCAAUCAUCAAAAUCAGCAUUUGAAACAUUGAUUAAAAAGACUGUAGCAUUGAAGGAUUUGAAAAAGAAAAAGAUGAUGGAUCCAGAGAGUGAAAAGAAAAAAGAGGAUUUAAAGAAAAAGAAACAAGAGAAGCGCGAUAAAAAGGAAAAGGAGAAAAAGGAAAAGGAAGAAGCCAAAAAGAAAAAGAAAAAAGAGUUAAAGGACAAGAAAUCAACAAGCAAGUCUAGUUCGUUGGUAGUAUCACCUGUAUUGUCUGCAGGUGGUGGUGACUCACCAUCGAUCAGUCGUAGCAAUAGUAACAACAAUUUAACCAAUCUCACAAACAUGAGUGAUACAUCUGAAACUGAUGAUGAUGAAGAUGAAACAAUUAUGGAUAGUUUGGAAGAUGAUGAUCAUCAUACUAGUAUUAAACCAGGUUUAGUAUUUGAUGUUGAAACCUCAACAAUGACAUCAUUGUCAUCACCAUCAGAUAUUACUUCACCAAUUUUUGAAAAACCUUCAUCUGAAAUAUUAAAACAACAAUUAUAUGAUACUAUUGGAUAUACUUCACCUCCCCCUCCAUCAACAACCUUGUCACCCUUAACAACAUCAGAUCAACCAUCAAAUACUUUACCAAAACAAGGAAAAGAAAUAUGUUUAGAUGUUAUUAUAAAUACUAUACAUAUACAAUUAAAAUCGGAUAAUGGUAAUGAAGGACCUUUGAUAUAUGGCGAUAUAUCAGGUAUUAAAGUAAAGUUGAUCAAACGACAAGAUAUUAUGCAAUUGAAAGCUGAUCUUGGAUCAAUUCGAUUGUCUGGGCUAUGGAUUCAAAACGAACACUUUCCAGAUAUGAUCUCGUCUGGCAUGUCCAAGAAUUUCUUGUCAUUUCAAAUGCAAAUGAUGAAUCUUGUUCAAUCUCCAACAGUGAUCAGUACGACUGCAACACCACCCAAAAGAAAGAUUACGAUUGGUAUUCAAGUGGAGCCAAUGUAUUUUGUAUUAAAUACAAUGGCUAUCCUUAGAUACAUGCAAUUGUUGGCACCGUCACAUCAAAUUGAUUUGUCUGGCUUUUCACAUGGUGGUUCAUCAAAGAAAAAGUCAAAGUCUAAAGGAGACAAGAUUGUCGAAUUGGAUAUUUCAGCAGCCUCCCCCACCCUCAUCAUCCCAAUUCAACAUGAUGACAUUCAAACUGAAAGUUCCAUUUUCAUCAUUGAUCUUGGUAAAGUUACAAUGAAUAGUCGUGAUUCCGAUAGUUAUCAAUUUCAACUAGAUAAUAUGACUUCAAUCCUAACAAAAUCACCAAUGCAAUCAAACAACAAGGGCAACAACAAGGAACAAGUUAUACCAUUCAAUUUAGAACCAGAAUUGGAUAAAGAGGAUGAGUCAGAGGAAGAAAAGAAAAUGAUAAACAAGACUCAAUUAUGGUGUUUAAAACAACAAGAAAUAGGAUUGCCAGUUUUUAAUACUUGUAUAGAUGUAGUUUUACAUAAACGUAAUGCAGAUCAAGAUCCAAUGAAAGUACCUCGUAUUCAUAUGACAGCUCUCAUUCAAGAUAUGACUGUCUACUUCUCACCAUUUACAUUUUAUCAAAUUAGAAUGUUUUCUCAUCUAUUGACAAUUGAAAUUGAACGUGUAGAACAAGCUGUUCAACAUUCUUUUCAAUUUAAAUUACAACAAUCAAUCAAUAAUAAUAGUAAUAAUAAUAAUAAUAGUAAUGUAAAAUCACAAUCGACAACACCCAUUUCUUCACCAAAUUUAAUUAUUAAUAAUAAUAAUGGAUCACCAGAUAAUCAAACAAGACCACCAGUUGAUUUUAAAUUUUCAGCAACUGUAAAUAAUGCAAAGGUGAUCAUUACCAAUUUAAUCAAUCAACAAAACAAUAAUGAUAAACCACAAGAUGUAAUACUACAAGGUCAUUUUAGAGAUUUAUGGGUUACUAUUGAAAAAUCAAAAUCAAGAUUGGAUGGUGAUUUUGGUGCUGGUUCUCUUCAAGUUUAUCAAGAAGAAUAUUAUGAUCAAGAUCCUUAUCUUGUCCUAACUUCUAUUACUGGUGGUCCAAAUAAUAAUCAAUCUUUUGUUCAUGGUAUUUUAUUGGCUAAAAUUUCGGAACCAAAACAAGAUGAAAUUUUAGGACCAAAAUUAACAGAAUUAACUUUAGAUACUUCAGCCAUUUAUGGUAAUGUUCAUCCUCAAGUUUUAGGUAAUCUAAUUGAAUUAAUUCAAAUGAUUGUACUGGUUAAUAAAAAAGUAAUUAAUACAGUAAUUGAUAAAGUACCAAAAUCAAAAAAGAGUGGUAGAUUAAAUCAAUUAAAUUUACAAAUACCAUGUAAAGGAGUAACGGUUGAUAUUAGACCGACAGAGAGUGAUAGAAGAUUGUUGGCAAGUUUUUCAGUAACCGAUCCAAUUGUUAAUUUGGUCAAAAAGAAUGUAAACAGUUUUAUGGAAUUGUGGUUCACUGUCAAUUCAUUUUCAAUGCAAGACAUGUCAUUGACAGAUCCCAUCCGUUACAAGGAAGAAUAUAAACGAGUCAUUAGUACUGUUCGUGACAAUCAACCAAAUGAACCUUGGGUAAAGUUUAAAUAUUCUGUCAACAAGGUAGAAAGAGCCAUAGAAGCACAUAUGCAAAAGAUAACCAUCAUUGCAUUACCAUGUUUUAUGACAAUGGCCAAAGACUAUCUAUUGGAUUUGUUCCAGUAUCUCCCCAUGCUAUUUAGUAAGGGUGCAGGUAAAAUCGAAAGAGUCAAGAGUGGCAAACCAAGAAAGUUUUUAAAACUCACAAUCAAUGUUCAAGUACCAACGAUCUUACUGCCCAAAGACGAGUCAUCUAAUCAUCAACUAUGUAUUCAAUUGGGUACUUUGGAAAUGUCAAAUCAAUCAAUCAAGAAAAAGGUUUCAAAAUCAAAACAAGAGGUUAAAGAAUUGCAAAUGGAAAAGUUGACCAUUCAAAUGAGAGGAUUCAACAUUUCACAGAAAUACUUUGAUAGUAGUUCAGUGAUUGAUAUUAUGGAACCAUUCUCUGUCAAUUUGUCACUUGCCAAUAUCGUCGACCCAGCCUUUCACACUAGUACCAAUAUUGAUUGCUCUAAAUUGGAUAUCAACAUUGGUCUCAGUCCAAUAGUAUUCAAUUUAAAUGGUCAACAAGAUAUUAUAGAUCAAAUGACAACUGUCUUUUGUUUAUUGCCAUUGAUCAAGGAUUUUAAAACUGAAAUGAAAUGUCUAAGGAAUAGUUUUAAGCCGGCAGCUAUAGUCUCUUCAACAUCACCUGUUUUAUUAAAACAACAACUCAAUCAAUCCAUUAAAAUGAUUGCUUCAACUAGUUCACCACUUCGGUUCUCUGCAUCAUCUCCAUUACGAUUUUUACCAUCACUUGCCAAUCAAUCAAAUAGUUUACAAAAGUUAUCAUUGAAUCAACAAUUAUCCAACAACAACAACAACAUUUCACCAACACUAUCGUCAGUCUAUACCAAACUUUCACUUUCAAUACAUAUUGGAGCAUUUAGAAUUGAUAUGCCAUCGAUAUCAAUGUCAUUUACGAUUAGUGACACUAAUCUCAAUCUCUCUGUACAAUCUAAUCAACAACUAUCAUCUAAUCUUGGUAUUGGAAAGUUACACAUGGAUUAUUAUCAUCAGGAUCAACAAGCUCCUCGUCAAAUCAUCUCUAUGAAAGAUUCAUCAGUCUUGAAUACAUUGGAAAUGACUUUUAAUAAUAAUACCCAACAAAUUAAUAGUCAAUUAAAUAAUAGUGGUGGUGGAGGAAAGAAUAAUAUUCCAUUUGAUAGUGAAUUAUGUUUAAAAUUACAACAAAUUCAAAUCAUUUUAGAUUAUGAUUUCCUAAACAUUUUGUUUGGUUUUAUUACACCAAUUUUGGAUUUGGUAUUUCAAAAUUCAAAUCAACAACAACAACAAAAACUCUUACUUCAACAACAACAACAACAAAAUUCUUCAUCAUCUUUACAAUCAAGUAAUAGUUUUUUAUUAAAUUCAAGUAUGAAUGGAAUUUUUAAAUCAUCAACAGAAUUAUUAAAUUCAUCAUUGUCAUCAUCAAGUUCAUCAGUUGGUGGUAGAAAUAGAACAUUGAAAAGAGAUAAAUCAAUGGUAAUGCAAUUUAUUGAUACAAAUUCACCAACAAUGAAAAGAAAAAUGUCAUUGAAACAACCAAAUACAAAAUCUUCUUCAUCCUCUUCGUCGACGAGAAUUAAAUUAUCAAUUCAAUUACAAAGUCCAAAAGUUAUCAUUACAUUGAAUCAAAUGGAUAUAUUAAUGAUUGAUUUUGGAAAGAUCAACCUUGAUAAUCUUUAUUACUCUAAAUACUAUAGUCAGCUGUCAAGUAGUAAUGAAGUAAUGUUAAAUUAUGAAAGUAUGGAGAUUGAACUGUCACAACUCAAUAUUCAAUCGGUUCAUCUUGCUAGUCAUACCAACAAUCAAAUAUUGUCAGAUGUAAAUGUUGUACUAUCAAUUGAUCUAUUGGUUGAAUCGCCACCAGAAGGAUCCAACCUACCACUACAACAUUUAAAUCUUCUUUGCAAGAGUAUUCAAAUCAUGGUUACUCAUCAAGAUUAUCAAUUCCUAUUGGAAACAUCAAUGAAAUACUUGUUGCUUUACAAAUCAAUAUUGGAUCCAGUACUUGUCAAACAAAAGGAAAUGAAAAAACUUUUAAAACAACAAAAAUCUCAACAAAAAGUACAAUCAAUGACAAGAAGAACAGAAGUAUCAAUAUUUUUAAAUGAAUUAAGAUUUUCGUUGAAUCAAACUGAAACUAGUCCAUUACUAUCAUUAAUUAUAAAUGAUGUAAAGGGUAAUGUUUUGGUAGAUGGACAAGAUGUAACAUUGGAUACAUUGAUUCGAUCACUUCGUAUCAUGGAUACUGCAACUGAUACUAGUAAAACACAGUUUGCAGAUUUGGUGUGUAGCAAGAAUAUUACUACAUUUGGUGGAUCACUCAAAGAAUCAUUACAUCUAUCUACCAAUCAAUUCAAACCCCCUCAACAUCAACAACAAAUGUUGGAUCUACCAGUCAUCUCGUUGCACAUGACCAUUGACAAACAAAAUAAUAGUUUGGAUAUACAAUCUACACUUGAUAGAUUACGUAUCUAUAUUGCUCCAGUCAUUGUAUUCCAAAUGAUGGAUUUUAUAAUGCAACCUCAACAAACCAUCCUAGCACCAUAUAAAAAACAAUUAACAGAUUUAAAAAAUCAACAUAAAAAAACAACAAUCAAAUCGUCGUCGUCGUCGUCGAAAAGAUCAAUCAAUGUAGAUGCCAAUAUUAGUAAAUUAAAGAUAUUAUUGGUAGAGAAUCCACAAUCUAUAGAUUCAAAUUUGGUAAUUGCCAAGCUAAGUGCAACGAUGACAUUUUCUGACAAGUUGGGAUGUAAUCGUUCCAUUUCAUCUCAACUAUCACAAUUUCAAGCAUUUUCAUUUAGACAUUCGAUUGCUGGCGUUUCAUCAUCUAGAGUUGCAUCACUUAUUGAUCCAGUCAACAUUCAGGCCAACAUUAACAUGUUGACAGCAAAAAGUCAAGACCCCAGCCAAAAGAGUUCUCAAGUCAUUGAAAUCAAAUUAAUUCUAGAUCCUCUAAAUUUCUUUAUUUCUUAUCAUGACAUUAUUCUUUUAACUUCUAUUGCUGGUCAAUUAGUUACUUCAAUUAAUUUAAAUGAUCAUUUAAUUAAAAAGAAGAAAAAAAAUAAUAAUAAUAAUAAUAAUAACGAUCCAACUCCAUCUUCUUCAUCCUCUACUACUUCUUCAUCAAAAAUAAUUUAUUUAAUGAUUCAAUCACCACAAUUGGGAAUAACAUUAAUUAAUGAUUAUAUGGAUCAAAAUAUACCAUUGUUGGAUUUAUCAUUAUAUCAUUUACAUGUAGAGAUGCAAGAGAUACAAAAAGUAAUGACCAUUUCAAUACGAUCCAACAUUUUGGCAGAUUAUUUUAAUAAUAAUCGUAUGGCGUUUGAACCAUUGAUUGAAAGUUGGAAUUUCUCUUGUGCCAUUACCAAAGCCAAGAAUCCAAAAUUAUCACUCAUAUUCAAAUCAACUCAAACUCUAAAUCUAAACCUUGGUUAUGGUUUUGCUCAUAGUUUUCUCACCAAUUUUAAUAGUAUUCAAUCUGAUCUAUUAAAUACUAUUCCUUUUAUUAAAUCUUUAUUUAAAAAGAAAAAGAAAAAAGAAGAAAAGGAAAAUGAAGAUUUAUCAAUUAGCUCAAGUUUGGUAUCAAUGGAUGAUUUACCAAAGAUUAAUAUUUCUUCUUCUUCACCAACACUUGGAGAAACUGCAAAUAAUAUUAUUAGAACCAAUUCUUCAUCAAAUCUUAAAAAGACAACUUUUUUGGAACCAGAGACCUCUACGUCGUCUACAUCUAAAAAAGCAUCACCAUUAUUACAAACUAUUAGUAUUAGAAAGUUGACAUCAUCAUUUCACCCAUAUUGGAUUGUAAACAAAACUGGUAUAGAUAUUGAAUAUCAAGUAGUUGAAAAGGUACCAUCUACACCACCAACCUCACCAGUACUACUCAAUCAAUCAAGAUUAUUUGAUGAACUUGGUUCUUCGACGACAUCUUCAUCAUUUCAACAUGACCACCUAAAUAGAUCAACAUCAAUUCCCAUUUUAUUGGAAAAUGAAUCCAAACAACCAGUUCAAUUGGAUCCAAGAUUAUUAUUGGCUGUCAAGAGUAGUCGUGAUUUUAGAGGUUUUAAACAAGAAGCAAGUGGAUCACUUGACAAUGGACCAUUUAUUGCCAUCAAACUAAGCCAUCGUUCACCCUUUUCCAUACCAAUCCCUGUUGGUAAAGUUGGUAUCACUACCAUUCAAAUCAAUAAUCGAAAAAUACUCUUUGAAGUUGGUUGGAAUGAAGAUGGUAGUAAAUUGGUUACUAUUCGUUCAAAUAUUAUAAUUAAAAAUUCAACUACCCUAAACUUGGAAUUGAAAUUUAUUAAUAAUAUUAAAUCACAAAAUGGUUCAUCUCAACAAUCAAAUGGUGGAUCAUUAUUACCAAAAAUAAUCUUUCCAAAUGAAGAAUAUAUUGUACCAUUACAAUAUAUAAAUAGUAAUAAGAAACUAUCAAUUCUACCAAAUAUGGAUCAAGGUGUAGAAUAUCGUCAUAAAGAAAAUUUAUCAAAUCUUUACAAAAUUUCAACUUGUCACCUAAUCAAUCAAAGAAAUAAUAAUAGUAAUAAUAACUCUUCUUCAUCUUCUUCAUCAUUUAAUAUUUAUCCAUCAAUAACAUUAGUAAUGACAACAAAUUUAAAUUCAAAACCAAUUGAAGUAAAGGAAGAGAUUGUAAAUGAACAAAUUGAUGAAAUGAUUCAAGAUCAUGUUUUCAAGAAUAUCAACAAUAUAAAGAAUAAUAUUCAAAAUAUUAAUCAAAAUAUACGUGGAAAAAAGUCAACAACCAAAUCACCAACAACCAAUCAAGAUGAUGAAGUUCAAAUAGAAGAGUCGUCAUCUCCAUUGUCACAGUCUUUGGAAUAUAUUUUGGAUGAAGAAAGUAAUAUAGUUGUAAAUAUAUUACCACCAAUUCAAUUUGAAAAUCUUUUACCAUGUCCACUUGGUUUAAUAUUUCCAACAUCUAUACCAAAAAGAAAUAUGGUAUUUAAAGUAGAAAGUCAAAAGUCGCUAUCUGUCUAUUGUCAAGAUCCAAGAAAUAGUGUACAAUUGAUGAUGACUGAUGUACCAGGAUUUAAUGCACAAUAUUUCUUGUUGGUAGAUUGCUCCAAGAAUUCAGAACCAGUAGUUCGUUCAUCGAUUCGUUUCCAAGACGAACAAGAACAAAUGAAACCUCUGAAUAUUAUGAUUGGAAACAAAGAAAUGAUUGAAAAUGCAAAGAUCCCACAAGUAUUGACAAAUGUAGUAGAGGAACAUUUACCGGCCGCUGCCAACUUGAAAUCAAAACAUCAACCAAAAUUAGAUAAAAAGAAGAAUUGUCAUAUCGAUGCUGCCAUGGUUCUCUAUCACAGUAGUAAAUUAAUGUUAAAGUUGCCAAAUCAUAAAUGGUCAAAUAGUAUUUCGCUGGAAAGAGGUGGUACUGGUGGCAACGUUACAACACUCUAUUGUGAAGAUGAACUCUCUACAGGUGAAUUAAACUUUAGAGCCAAUAUUACACUUGGUAAAGGAAAUCUACAAAGAACUAAAAUGGUCACUAUUGAUUAUCAAUACAUUUUUGUAAAUUGUACUCCUUUUCCAAUUUUAAUUCGUCAAAUUGAUAAUAAUCAAAAUAAUCAAAAUAAUCAAAAUCAAAAUAAUAAUAAUCUAAAUAGUUCAUAUAGAAUUGAAUCUGGAUCAAAGGUACCAUUUAAUUGGUCAAACAAAUAUGAAACAAGAUAUGUUCAAAUUAAAUUUGAUGAUGAUCAAUAUAGUUGGAGUGGUAGUUUUUCAAUUGACGAGGUUGUUACAAUGACUAUCAAGAUUCGUAAUUGGACCAAUUCAAUGGCACCUUAUUUGGCACGAGUAGAUAUCAAUGUUGGUACUGGUCUAGUAAUGAUUGGAGAAGAAAAUACAAGUCAUCCACCAUUUAGAAUUGAAAAUAAUACUCCUCGGACGAUAAAGUAUUAUCAAAGUGGAUAUAGUAUUCAAGAUGUACUUGGUCCUUAUCAAUCGACUGCCUAUAGUUGGGAUGAAACCAUGUCUACUAGAAUUUUGGUGGUUGACCUUGGAGAACAACAACAACAACAAGUGGUUAAAUUUAACAUUAUGAAAAUCAAAUCAUUUAAACCAAUUAAAAUUGGUUCCAAUACAAUUUAUUCUCAUGUAAAUGUUGAUGGUCCAACUAGAGUAUUGUAUCUAACCUAUGAAGAUCCAAAUAGUAAUAAUAAUAGUAAUGAACAAUCUGGUGAUUUGGAAAUUGGUCAAUUGGAUUUAUCAUUGGAAUUGGCUGGUAUUGGUAUAUCAGUCAUUGAUCAUCAUCCAAAAGAGUUACUUUACAUUUCACUAAAGAAUGGUAUAUCGAUGGAAUUUUCACAAUCCAAUUUCUAUAGUAAAUUGGAAUUGAUUGUUUCACAUUUUCAAAUUGACAAUCAAUUAAUCAAUGCUGAUCAACCAGUACUAUUUUAUGCAACACCAAACGUUUUCAACAAUUCUCUCAACAAUCAAAUAUCAAAACCAUUUUUACAUUUUAGUUUUGUUAAAAAUCAACAAAACAAAGGUUUAAUAUUUAAAAAAAAAUUAUUUAAAAAGGAUAAAGAUCAAAAUGAAAUGGAUGAUAAUAAUCAAAAUCAAAACUAUGAUAAUAAUUUUAUUCAUUUAAAAGAAAUCAAAAGAUUUAAAACAAGUUUAAAAUCAUCAAAAAUGAUUUAUACAAAAUUACUGUUGCUUCAUCCAAUCAAAGUAUUACUGUCAUUUUCAUUUGUAAGAGAUGGAUUUAUUGGACAAUCACAAUCAGAAGUAGUUGGUAUUCUUUUAGAAGUACUUGGUAUUAGUUUUAGUUUGGAAAGAACUGCUAUCUGUCUAAACUCGUUGAUGUUGGAGCACCCAUUCCUUAGUAAAAAAUCACUCAUUAGUCGUAUCAAAAAACAUUACACUAUGCAAUCACUCAAUCAAUUGUACAAGGUAAUUGGAUCAUCUGAUACAUUGGGUAAUCCGGUUGGUCUAUUUAAUCACUUGUCAACUGGUGUCAAAGACUUUUUCUAUGAACCUGCAAUGGGUCUUGUUACUUCACCCAAGGAUUUUGGUAAAGGUCUUGCAAAGGGUUCAAUAUCAUUGGUCAAAAAUUCUGUCUAUGGUUUGUUUAAUACUUUGACAAAGGUUUCAGGUGCAGUUGGAAAAGGUGUCAGCCUACUAUCAUUUGAUGAACAAUACCUUAGAAAUAGACAAAGACUAUCACAAAAAAAGGCAAGACAUGCACUUGAAGGAAUGGCAUAUGGAUUUAAAGGACUUGGAAAGGGUGUGUUGGAUGGUGUCACUGGUCUAGUCAUUAAACCAGUUGAAGGUGCCCAACAACAGGGUGUUGAAGGAUUUGCAAAGGGUAUGGUCAAGGGUAUCGUAGGACUGCCCAUCAAACCAGUGGUCGGUGCAUUUGACCUCGCCACACGUACCACUGAAGGUAUCCGAAACACCACCAAUCUCUUUCAAGAAGCGUAUCGUGUACGUCCUCCUAGAUUCUUUGGCAAGGAACAUAUAUUGGUAGAAUAUAAUUUCGAUCAGAGUGAAGGUGGCUUCAUACUCUUGUCAACGUACAAGGGUACCUACAAGAGUGAUCGUUAUAUUGCUCAUUUCCGUCUCUCCAAGUUUAUCGCCGUCGUCACCAAUCAACGUCUCUUGUGUGUCAGACCUACUCGCUCUAGAUACUCUUUUAGAUGGCAAGUCCCCCUAGAAAAUAUUAAAUCAGUCUCUAGUGUCAUCGACCAAGGUCUGCUCCUAACAUUUGACCAUCUUCAGAAAAUAUCAAUGGUCGUCGAUUAUCGCUCGCAAUUUUUGGUUCCCAUUGCCAAUGAUAAUGAUCAAUUGGUUCAAUUGGAAUUAUUAUUAAAAGAUACUAUUAAAAAUUUUAAAUAA